AUGUCAGAGAGCGUUGAAGAUUUGGUUAACCGUGCCAAACUCGCCGAACAAGCCGAGAGAUAUGAUGACAUGGCUGCUAUCAUGAAACAGGUGAAUAAAUAAAUGAAAAUCACGCCUAAAAACCAACUAUUUUCCCAGGUCACAACCCUCGGCAAAGAAUUGUCGAAUGAGGAGAGAAACUUGCUUUCUGUCGCCUACAAAAACGUCGUCGGUGCCCGCAGAUCAUCAUGGAGAGUCAUAUCCUCGAUUGAGCAGAAAACCACUCCGGACAGAGAGAAAAUCGCCAGGGAUUACCGUCUCAAGGUUGAGAAAGAGCUCCGAGAUAUCUGCGAAGAUGUUCUCAAGCUUUUGGACGACUUCCUCAUCGUCAAGGCCACCAACGUCGAAUCCAAGGUUUUCUUCUUGAAAAUGAAGGGAGAUUACUUCAGAUACCUGGCUGAAGUUGGAACUGACGAGCGUGCGGCCAUCGUCAAGAAAUCGCAAGACGCCUAUCAAGUCAGUUUUCCACCCCAUAUUUCUAAUGAUUAUUGUUUUCUUCUUUUAGGAGGCUUUCGAUUUGGCAAAGGCCGAAAUGGGACCAACUCACCCAAUACGCCUUGGACUUGCACUCAACUUCUCCGUAUUCUACUACGAGAUUUUGAACGCACCAGAUAACGCGUGCCAACUCGCCAAACAGGCCUUCGACGACGCCAUCACCGAACUCGACACAUUGAGCGAGGAGUCCUACAAGGAUUCGACUUUAAUCAUGCAACUUCUCCGCGACAACCUCACCCUCUGGACAUCCGACAUCUCAGCCGACGAUCAAGAACAAGAAGCCGGUGAAGCCGCUGGAGAGCCUACCCAAAAUUAA